GUGCUGGACAGGAAACAGGAAGUGAGGCUCCCCAGGUGGAGACCACUGAAGCGGUCUCUGAAACGGUUCCUCUUUCCUCUCUGGAGAAGAUUGAAGCAGCAUAUGAAUGUGGAGAUGAGGAAGCUGCCAGGGAGCUGAUCAAACAGGCCUGCUGUGUGGAGUGUUCUGCUGGGAUUCAUCCUGAUGGAGAUGUCAGUGUGUACUGGAGUGGUCUGCAGCUGCCCUUUCUGGAGCUGGACUGGUUCUUGGACGUCUCCUCACGGAUCAGCCACCUGGACCUGUCGUCCAACAGCCUGGGGGCUCUGCCCUCGGUGGUCCCCUGGGGUCUAAUCCACCUGAGAACUUUAGAUCUUUCUAACAACGUGUUGAAAGAGCUGCCCCUUGCUCAGAACUCCCAGGAUGUGAUCUGUUCCAGGUUGCAGCAGGUAAAUCUAAACCAGAACCAGCUGAGAAAUUUACCAACUGGACUGCUCCACCUGGUCCACCUUCAGAAACUCUGUGCUGCUAAAAACCAGCUCACAGUCCUGUUCCACAUCCCUGCCAAUGUGAAUUGGAUCGGGCUCAGGAAGCUGGAGGAGCUGGACGUGUCUUAUAACUCCCUGAGCGCUCUCCCCUCGUCGGUCAUGCACUGCCUAAAGUCGCUGGGCUCUCUGGAUGUGAGCCGGAACAAACUCAGCUCCUUCCCCGACCCCUGGGCCUGCCCCCUGAAACAAUGUAAAGCUUCUUCCAAUUUACUUGAGAAUCUUCCUGACACCAUCUCCAUCUUCUGGAGGACUCAGCUGCAGGAGGUGGACUUCUCUGACAACCAGCUGAAAGAGCUGCCAUCAUAUAUCUUUGAACUAGAGGCCAUCAUCUCUCUGAGGCUGAGUGGAAACCUUGUCUCAUCACUGCCAGCUCCCAACAAGUGGAAAUGUUCUCAGCUCAAGACUCUUGAUCUCUCCAAGAACCAACUCGGCAGAACCGAAGAGGGGCCCAAAUCCAGGAGACUAGCCUUCCUGACCACCUGGAACAGGAGAGAUCCAGAUCCAGUUUGUCCCAUUGAGUUCCCUGCUCUCCUGAGAUCUUCACUAGAAGUUCUCUUCCUAAAUGAGAACCAGCUGGAGUGUGUUCCUCAGUCAGUGUGUGGUCUGCACAACCUCACAGAGCUUUACCUGUCCAGUAAUCCUGGGAUCCGAGAACUUCCAGUAGAACUGGGUCAGCUCCCCAACCUGUGGCAGCUGGACAUCGAAGACCUCAACAUCACUAAUGUCCCCCAGACCGUGAGGAACGAAGGAGCUGCGUCUGUCCUGGCUUUCCUCAGGGCACAUCUUCGUAAAGCCGAGCCCUGUAAACAACUGAAGAUGCUGGUGGUGGGCCCCCCGAGGCAGGGGAAGACGACACUCCUGGAGGCUCUGCUGACAGGAAAACCGUCCCCCUUCACCCCAGCAGAGUGCAGCAUUUCCAGGUUCUGCUGGGAGCUGGAGAAACCCAACAGCAGCAAAAAUAACAGGGACUCGGUCCUGUUCAACGUGUGGGAUGUUGGGGGUCCGGCCAGCAUGACCACGGUCAACCAGUGUUUCUUCACGGAUAAGGCUCUGUAUGUGGUCAUCUGGAACCUGGCUCUGGGAGAGGAGGCUGUGGCCAACCUGCAGACCUGGCUGCUCAACAUCGAGGCACGAGCACCAAACUCUGCGGUGGUGGUCGUGGGAACACAUCUGGACCUGAUUGACACCAAGUUUCGGACAGAGAGGCUGGCGACGCUGAGAGCUUACGUGCUGGCUCUGUGUCGGUCGCCCUCAGGAGCUCGGGCCAGAGGGUACCCCGACAUCACCUGUAAACACCUGCAUGAGGUGUCCUGUAAAACCUUGGAGGGGUUUGAUGGUCUGAGGACCCUGGUGUACCAGGUCUCUGUCUCUAUGAAGGACAACAGCUCAGCCUGUGGGAGUAAACUUCUGGGCAGAUUGAUUCCCAGGAGCUACUUCAUUCUUCAGGACGCAGUGACUGCAGAGAAGAAGAGACGAGCUGAUGAGGGACAGGUCCAGUACCUGACAGAGACCCAGAUGGACAGCAUCAUCGAACAGAACCCAGGAAGUGACAUCAGAGAUUACGAGGACCUGCAGAGCGCCAUCAGUUUCCUGAUAGAAACGGGAACCCUGCUGCACUUCCCUGACACCAGUCACGGCCUGUGUACGCUCUACUUCCUGUGUCCCGUCUGGCUCUCCGACUGUCUGGAGAAACUGAUUCACCUCAGAUCCUCCUGUCCCUUUGUCAGGAACGGAGUCAUCCAGGCUGAGAAGCUCAAGGAUCUGCUGAGACAAACAGGAUUAACUCAGCAGACAGAGGAGCAGUACUUCCAGUUUCUGGCAAAGUUUGAGAUCUGUCUGCCUGUGGCCAGCAGCAGUUACCUGCUGCCACACCUGCUUCCUCCUAAACCAGCCAUGGACCUCCACAACGUGCAGCAGAGGACCAACAACACGCUCCAACGGCUCUUCAAGAUGAGCUUCGUUCCUGCAGGGUUCUGGGAGCGCUUCAUCGCCAGGAUGCUCAUCAGUCUGACAGAGAUGGACCUGCAGUUCUUCGAUCUGUCCAAAAAGACGACGUGCAGUCAGCCUCACAGGCACUCGCUCAUCUACAGCUUCACUGGAAGCGAGAAGAAGAACCGAUGCAGCACCUUCAGGGUCCGACGCAGUCAGACCAUCUACUGGAAGGAGGGGCUUCUGGUCACCUUCGUUGGAGGUCACCUCAGUGUGGAGUCUUCAGACGUGAACUGGAAGAAGAUGAAGAGUGGAGGAAUAAAGAUCAGCUGUCAGUCAGACUCCAGAGAUUUCUCUGCUGUGGCUUUCAUCACCGAUCAUGUUAACAGUCUGAUCGAACAGUGGUUCCCAG